CAGCCAAUAACGAGCGCAUUUCUCAGCCUCAACAGGAAACAAGGAAGCGUCCUUCCUGUUUGUAUUAGCUUCCUAUUUUGCAUUUCAAGCGAAAACCAUCCCUACGUUAAUGAGGAAUUUGGAGAUGCAAAGGACAGUCCGAUAGCUUUAAGUAACCAUGAGCGUGCCUAUGGUAAUUGGAAACCAGCUUAUCCUUGAAGAAGACUUUGAUGAAAGCUACAUUCCAUCUGACCAAGAUAUUAGAGAGUAUGCAGUGCAGAUAGGCAUCGAUCUUGACAAUGAGACAGAGCUCAUGUGGCUGGCCAAGGAAGGCAUUGUUGCCCCUCUCCCACCAGAGUGGAAGCCUUGUCAAGAUGUAACUGGAGAAAUCUACUAUUACAACUUCUCCUCUGGUGAGUCCACUUGGGAUCACCCCUGCGAUGAGCACUACCGCCGCCUUGUUAUCCAAGAACGUGAACGCAUCCAGCGCACUGUUGCAGCUGGUAGCUCGGGGCCCAAGAAGAAGAAGAAAACAAAAGAUAAAAAAGAUAAAAAGAAGAAGGAUUUAGUCAAAAGUGGAGGCCCAGGUUCAACCUUGAGGUCUUUGCCGCCCCCACUAGGAAGCCUAGCUCCUCUUGGUGGUCUCACUGCUCCUGUCCUUGGUUCAAUAUCUGGAUCUGUAUUCACACGCUCACUUGGAUCUGGUGGAUUGGAACCACUCAAAGCAUCUCCUGGGCCUCUUGGGGUACUCCGUAGCACCGGUGCUGCAAGUGAUUUAAGUUCCAAGAAGGAAGAAAAAUUAUAUCUUACUAUGCCUGGCUGUGAUGAUGGUGGUGAUAAUGAGUCAAGUAAGCAGUCUUCAGACUGGGAACUGAUGAACCUCCACCUAGAUAUGGAUGACCUCAGAGCGGGCAUGCAGUACGAGGACAGUGAUGCUAGUCCUGUAGUCCAAGCAGAGGAAAGGACUGAACCAGAAAUGCAGGACAUAUCUGGUGCCCACAGCUCUGAGCCACCAUCACGACAGGACUCUUUACGGGGACGACGUGUGUCCCCUCUGGAGGUUCAAAGCCUUCUCAAUGAGACUGUUGUCAAAGGAGGAGAUAAUUUUGAGAACGGAGAGGACAAAAAAAAACCCCAAGAUAAAUAUGAGGAACCAGACGAGAAAAGUGUUGACAAAAAAGGGAAAGAUGGCGAUAUUCACCAAGAGCAGGGGAGUGGUCAUGAGACUCUAGUAAAUGACCAAAAUAACUCCACUGAUGAUGAGGGUGAAAAGAAAGGCAAAGAAGAUGGUGAAGGGAUAGACUUUUUCAGAGACCAGGAUAAUUGUGACAAUGUAGUUGACAAAGAUGACAGACCUGAAAGAGUCCAGAAUGAUCAGAUCUGUGAGAGGGACAUGGAAUGUUUAGAGGAGAACAAAUAUGUGCAAGAGAAAGAGGAAGGCAGUCAUCUCAUUGAGGAUUCUCAAAGUAAUGACACAGACAUGAAGGAAAGUAACCAUGUGGGAGUUGUGCAUGAGAGAAUUGCAAAUGAUUAUGGUGAACAAGAUGGAGGAGAAGAAGAAAAUGGUGAAAGUCAUGGAGAUUUGGAACGAUGCUCCCUGAGCCAGAGAAAGUUGACUGAUGACGACGAUGUUUUGGCAAGUUGUGUAGCCAGUGAUGGAGAGAAACAGUGGGAGAGAAAAGAGUUGAAAGAUGAAUCAGAUGUCCAAAAGUCUGAAUCGGCAUCUCUGAAUGUGCAGGAGACCCUGGAAUGUUUUGAGAUGGAAACCGUUCAGUCUGCAGUGCAAAGCAAGAAGGGAACACUGGGUCCCCUAAAAGUGUGCCACGAAAAGAGGAAACCUGCCAAGAUGGACAGUGUCAAUAAAAAAUUGUUCCUUCCUGCAGAGAUGUCAGAAAAGCUUUUGGACCUUAAUGAUCAAUCUGGCCCUGUGAGUCUAUUGGAGGACAACGAUGACAGAGAAGAUGUGGAAGAUGAGAUGGAUAAGUAUAUAAAGGGCGAGGCUGCCAAGAGGCAUUUGCAGCCUGCAGAUAAAGCCAAAUCUCCAGAAGUAGACAAAGUUGUCCGCCUUUCUAGCGUUCAAAAUCACCAAACAGAAGCUAGUCACAUCUCUGCUGUGAAUCUUUACAGGCCUGAAAUAUCACGAGGUUGCCUGUCCCGAACUUCAAACUCUCUAAUCAAUGAUGCAGAAACUACCAUACAGAAACAUGUGACUCCAUUGGAGAAAGAAUCAAACUUUGGAAUCCGGAAAAAUGAAAACGAGGAAGAAAGUGAGAGGAGGAAGACUGAAAAAGAAAAAUGUAAAAAAGAGAGGAGCAGGGAGGAAGACAGAAAAAGUGGGGAUGAAAUUUGUGCAGUGGAGGACAAAGAAAAAAUAAUUGGGGAGAAGAACACCAAGUUAUUUAAUUUCCAGCAGACAAUUAGCAGAGAUGAAGCAGAGGAAAAGAAACGUUUGAAAAGAGAGAAGGAGAAGCGAAUAUCUCUUCUCAUAGAUGAGCUAAAGAGAGAGGAGGCAGCAGAGAAGAACCGAUUAAUGAAGGAAAACGAGAGGAGAAAGGGUCUCCUCCAAGAGGAGUUAAGAAGCAAAGAACAGGAGGAGGAGAAACUUCAAGAAGAGGGUGACGAAAAACUAAGGGUUCUGAAACAUCAUCUUUUGUUGAAGAGGCAAGAAGAGGAAGUCAAGUUAAACAAAGAGUCUGACAGGAUGUUGGAGGAACUAAAAGAGUCUGCUCUGAAGGAAAGAGAGAAGCAGCUUCAUGAGCUCAGGGAGGAGAGUGAAGACCUGUUAAAAGAAUUGCGUAUUACACUUGAAGAAGAAAGGGCAGCAGAGCGUGACAGGUUGGAGGCUCAAAAGAGGUUGGAGAUUGAACGUCUAAAGGCUAAUUCAGAAGAAAAGCUGCAAGUAGAGAAAAAGAAACUCCAGGAAGAGAAACAAAACCCUUUUAAACAGGAGUUCCUUGGUACAGAGAGGAGGAGGGAGAUGAUUGGUCCACGUCCUGAACAGCAGCUAACAGACUACCACAGAGAGCUUUCUGAUUUGCUCCUGGAAGUGCGGGAGCAAGUGCAGCGUGACCAUGAGAAGAAGUUAGAACAGCUGAGGGAAGAACACAGGCGAGAGCUGAACAUCAUCAGAGAGAAACAAAUGGAGGAGGAAAGUAUCCAGAGGGACCGCUUGCUUUCUAAUCAUCAGUUUGACAGAGACCAUCUUCAGGCCUCACAUGCUAUACACUUGGAAAGACUCCGCAAGCAACUUGACAGUGAAAUAGAGAAGGCACAACUGACACAUUCACACAGGGAAUCAGAACUUAAGGAUCUUUUCAGUCAGUUGGAGCUGAGAGCAAAAGAGCUGAAGAGAGAGGAAGAAAUGCUGUACUCCAAGACAGCAGAUCUGAAGAUGAAGAGGAAGAUACUAGGGGAAGAGGAGGAAGAUGUCAACAAACGGACAGGGGCCUUACACAAAGUGACUCUGGAGAGAGAACAGCUGAACCUGGAGCUGGAGAGAAUGAGGGAGGAGCAAUCUCACACUCGAGAAAUCCUCCGUGUGGCACGGGAGGAGAGGAAUGAGGCCCGGCAGAAGGAGGAGAGGUUGAGGGAGGAGCGAGACAAAGUCAGGGAUGAAAGCAGAAAGGUGAAGGAGGAAAAAGAGCGACUGGAGAGCAAGGUGGCUUUUCUGGAGCAAAGAUGCAACCGGCUUAGUCACAGAGUCAGUGAGUUGGAAUUACAUGGAGGAUGCACCAGCAAGCAAAACAUGGACAAAAACAGGGUGAUGUCGCCCCCUAUUGGCCAAAGAGACUCAUCACUACAAGUAAAUGAGCUGGAGGAACCGGUCUCCACUGUACCUGACAGUAAUGGCGACAUCUUUGAAUUUGGUGGGUUAAAUUCAUCCAUCCAAAAGACUCAAAUAUUCCUUGAGAAGGAAAGCAACCGACAAAUGCAGAGACAGACUUUGCAUGUGGCCCAGAACAAUUCCGCACAGCAAUCCAAGGUGGACAGAAGGGAGACAGGAAAUUUGUCUGAACUCCAGCAGUUGGUAAAGAGUGGAAAUACAUUCAACCAUAGAAAAGAACAUCUCGACAGUUCUAUCGCUGAGGAGUCCUUCCUUCGAGGUGCGUCGCUUUUGGCUGGCAAGAGGAAGGUCACCUUUGAUCUAACAGAUUCAGACCUUAGUAGCACUGUGGACCCACCUGAUGUGAAAGGAGGCAAUGUGACAUUUUUGGCCAAAGUCCAGGAGUUAGCAGAGUCCCAACAGCAGAUCUCAGGCCAGCUCAACACUGUUUUGGGUGCUUUGGGAUCAUUAACCCAGAAGCAUAGCAAUGCAUCUCUCCCAGCCUUUCCUGCACCCCUGUCUUAUUGUACUCCUCUCACAAGUGAUUCACCCAGUCCACGCCCAACGUCUUUAGGCCAACCCAACUCUCCACUCUGGAAGUCAUCAACACAAGGUGGCUCUGGAAUGACUACCUACUUGGACAGGUCCAUCACAAGUGGACUGAGAUCAUCUGACGAGGUCACUCGGCGCAGAUGGAGAGAGAUCUUUCCUGAAGCAGCAGCACUCAACUCCAUUACCCUGAGGACAUACACGUCCGAUGUAUCCUUUACUCCUGCUGGCCUGCAUGUUCAAAAGUCUAUGAAAGUGGAUGGCCAUAGACUGCAGAAACUUAUUGACAGCAACAAGAGGUGGCUGGAGAUGCGAAAGAAAGAGAGCAGCAUACCUCUGUUCACUCGCUAUCAGGCUUCAUCCUCCCAGAACAACCUUGUCCAACUGGGCCUGGAUGACAAGGACCAGAUCAGAGUCUACCAUUACUAAUGACACAACACACUGUGGCGUCCUGCUGGGCUUUCUUUCUGAGGACUUCUUGAGAAAAAAUGCCAACACAACUCUAAUUUUCAAAUGUGACACUUAAUUCAGUUCUAUAAACCAUUUGUUUAUUUUGUCACUCUUAGCUAUGUGGUGCUAUAGGUCGGAGACACCACCUCGAUCAAGGUCUUUUAGAUGUCCUAUUUUUGACAAAAAAAAUUUACAUGCGGGUCCACUACAAGACAAAAAAGGUCUCCAUAUAUAGAGAGAGUGUCAGAGAUGACAAUUUACCUGAGGUUGCUGCCGAAAUCAUUUCUCUACCUGUCCAAUUAUUCAAUGUGUUUACAUUUGAAGCAAAACCCCUGUGCUGGACACAGAGUUUAAUCAAUAAUUUCCAGAGAUUCCUUCUCAUUCAAGCAAGAAUCCAACCUAAUUUGACAGGAAACUGAUCCAAGAAACCCCAAAAUGUCAUCAAACAUGUUUUCAUCGUUCUUCUGGGGAAAAAAACAAAGCUUUCAAGCACUACACUGUGUUAUGUGUUUAUUUAACUUGAAGUUUGGUACUCAUGUUGUCUCUGUAAAUUUACAGUGUAAAUGUUUUUGUGAGAGACUUGUAUUAUAUUUUCCUUCUUGAAUCUUUAAAACCUUAAUGCCAUUGAGUUACAGCUACUUCAUUUUAUCAGUACUGUAGUUGUGAGCUUUAUGUAUAUUUCUAUAUUUCCAUAAGUGUUUUUUUUACAUAGUAUAUUUUUGCAUUUUCUGCCAAAAGUUAUUUUAAAUUCUGUAUCAAACAUACAUGUGCUGAAGAUGAAUUACAUUGUACAGAGCAUAUUGAAGUAGAAUAAAACAUUGAAAAACUG